AUGCCCGUUGGAGGGAAUUUGUAUGAUUUUUCGUCGCGCCCUAAGCGUUGCAAUUCUGAAGCAGCAUUAAAUGAAUCUUGGCGACACUUUUAUGAUCUUGAUGGAGAUUCAGUUGGACGAGGUGGCGCCGGAAAAGUUUUCCGAAUAAAACCCAAAUGUAUAAAUACCCUUCAUGAACGAAAAAACAGCGUUCCAGUAAACCUGUCUAAUGGGCAGUUUGCAUCAAAUUUUGAAUUCGUUAAUGAAUUUCCCCUUGACAAGUCACUUGCAGUUAAGAUCAUUCGCCGUUUCCGCGGCGGUCGAGAUACUAUUGAGAAAAUUCGGAAUGAAAUAAAUAUAAUUAAACGCCUUAGGCCUGCCACAAACAAUGAAGAUGUCCCCAGGACUGUCGCCCCUCUUUUAUAUUCUGUUCACGAGGAUGAUACUCAAGUUGCUAUUGUAAUGGAAUUUGCUCAUGGUGGUUCCUUGUACGACCUCGUUUAUUCGGAAAUUUUUAAUCGCUCUCUUUUGCCUGUCGGUGAUAUCCAAUCCACAUCUCAACCUCGUAUCCCGGAAUCUUAUAUUUCCUCUGUACUUUAUCGAGUUACUGAUGCCCUGGCUUUUAUGCACGAUCAAGCAAAUAUCGUUCAUCUUGAUAUUAAGGCCGAAAACAUCCUACUUCGUGAACCCUAUCCUUCUUCAGACGUCUUCAUCACAGACUUUGGUCUGGCUUCCCACCUCAGCUCAACCAAACCCCAUAAGGAACUCGCAGGAACUCCGGACUAUACCGGUUAG